CAAAGUCAUUUGCAAAUGGUGUUAGCUGUUUUUUCUUUUUGUUGUGGUGCUGGGGCCGGCUCUACCCUUGAGUAACAUCCCUACUCUAAAAUGGUGUUGUGGAAAAAAUACGAUAUGGAACUGACCGGAGUGGAAAACUUGAGGUUCUCUAAUGAUCUUGCUUCACCAUGGCUACAAAUAUGGAGGGGCUGGUUCAGCACAGAGUGGGGACCCAGCAGGUGGCUGAGGUACCACGUACACAGACCUCUCGGCCGGAAUCUCCAGGGAUGACCAGCCCCUCCCCGCGCAUCCAGAUAAUUUCCACCGACUCUGCGGUAGCCUCACCUCAGCGAAUUCAGAUUGUAACAGAUCAGCAGACAGGACAGAAGAUCCAGAUAGUCACCGCAGUGGACGCCUCUGGAUCUUCCAAACAGCAGUUCAUCCUGACCAGCCCAGAUGGAGCUGGAACUGGGAAGGUGAUCCUGGCGUCUCCAGAGACAUCCAGUGCCAAGCAGCUCAUAUUCACCACCUCGGACAACCUUGUCCCUGGCAGGAUCCAGAUCGUCACGGAUUCUGCUUCUGUGGAGCGUUUACUGGGGAAGGCAGACGUCCAGCGGCCCCAGGUGGUGGAGUACUGUGUGGUCUGUGGUGACAAAGCCUCUGGCCGUCACUAUGGGGCUGUCAGUUGUGAAGGUUGCAAAGGUUUCUUCAAAAGGAGCGUGAGAAAGAAUCUGACCUACAGCUGCCGAAGCAGCCAGGACUGUAUUAUCAACAAGCAUCACCGAAACCGCUGCCAGUUCUGCAGGCUGAAGAAGUGCCUGGAGAUGGGCAUGAAAAUGGAAUCUGUGCAAAGUGAACGAAAGCCCUUUGAUGUGCAACGGGAGAAACCAAGCAAUUGUGCUGCUUCGACUGAGAAGAUCUAUAUCCGGAAAGACCUGAGAAGUCCUCUGAUAGCCACUCCCACGUUUGUGGCAGACAAAGAUGGAGCAAGACAGACAGGUCUUCUUGAUCCAGGGAUGCUUGUGAAUAUCCAGCAGCCUUUGAUACGUGAGGAUGGCACAGUUCUCCUAGCCACGGAUUCCAAGGCUGAAACAAGCCAAGGAGCUCUGGGCACGCUGGCAAAUGUAGUGACCUCUCUGGCCAACCUGAGUGAAUCUUUGAACAAUGGUGACACUUCCGAAAUGCAGCCUGAGGACCAAUCUGCAAGUGAGAUUACUCGGGCAUUUGACACCUUAGCUAAAGCACUGAAUACCACAGAUAGUGCUUCACCUCCAAGCCUGGCAGAUGGGAUAGAUGCUAGUGGAGGAGGGAGCAUCCAUGUCAUUAGUAGAGACCAGUCAACACCCAUUAUUGAAGUUGAAGGCCCUCUCCUUUCAGACACACACGUUACAUUUAAGCUUACGAUGCCCAGCCCUAUGCCAGAGUACCUCAAUGUGCAUUACAUCUGCGAGUCUGCAUCCCGCCUGCUUUUCCUCUCCAUGCACUGGGCAAGGUCAAUCCCAGCCUUCCAGGCACUUGGACAGGACUGCAAUACCAGCCUGGUGCGGGCCUGCUGGAAUGAACUUUUCACUCUUGGCCUAGCCCAGUGUGCCCAGGUCAUGAGUCUCUCCACCAUCCUGGCAGCCAUCGUCAACCACCUGCAGAACAGCAUCCAGGAAGAUAAGCUUUCUGGUGACCGGAUAAAGCAAGUCAUGGAGCACAUCUGGAAGCUGCAGGAAUUCUGUAACAGCAUGGCGAAACUGGAUAUAGACGGCUAUGAGUACGCAUACCUUAAAGCUAUAGUUCUCUUUAGCCCCGAUCAUCCAGGUUUGACGGGCACAAGCCAGAUUGAGAAAUUUCAGGAGAAGGCACAGAUGGAGCUACAGGACUAUGUUCAGAAAACCUAUUCAGAAGACACAUACAGAUUGGCAAGGAUUCUUGUCCGCCUGCCAGCUCUCAGGCUCAUGAGCUCCAACAUAACAGAGGAACUUUUUUUUACUGGUCUCAUUGGCAAUGUUUCAAUAGACAGCAUAAUUCCCUACAUCCUCAAGAUGGAGACAGCAGAAUAUAAUGGCCAGAUCACCGGAGCCAGUCUAUAGUGCACAAACGGCAGCUGCCAACAGUGGGAUGCCUCCUAGGACUGCAGGUGCAAGAGAAGGGAAGUAGCAGUGUCUUGGUGUGUGCAGGUGUCUCCAGUGUGUUAGCCACUUCCUCCUGUUCAUCCCAGACAAUAGCAACUAAAGACAUAGAACACUUCCCUGCCCUAGGAAAUGUUUUAAUGCCUUUUGGUGAAGCAGAUUUUGGAACAAUCUUUUAAUUGAAUUUGUAUUUAGAAAUUCUCAAAGGGCAAAAAACAAUACUGAAGUUUUAUAAUGUCAGAGACUAGUAUUAAACAGUAUGUGUAAAUACAUUUAAAAAGAAAAAAAAAAAGUCCUUGGAAUUAAUAGCUACUAAUUACCAGGGUAAUGUUAGCACUUUCUAAGCACUUCUUAUCGAAUCUGCAAUGUUAACAUCUUUGCCUGUGGACAGGGCAAAUGGAAAACCGUGUGUCCUUUUUGUCAAAAUGCUAAUGAUUUCUGUGAAAACUCACUAGGGUACAGGAGACAAUCGUUGACAUUUUGAAGAGAGCUUCGCUCCUAGCUUUGUGCAGUGGUGGUGCUGAGCUAAAUUCCUGUGAGUGAAAUGUGGAUCGCUGGCAUUGUCCCAUUAAGAGCUUCUGUGCCAGCCAGAGAGGCACAUCUGUCGAUUCUUCCAGAACCUGGACCUCACUAGUUUUCAAAAUUAGAUUGCAGCUUGCUGAGUUCCUAUGAUGAGAGUAAUUCUCUGGUGACUGAAAAGUAUGCCCAGGUCCCGCUACAAAUCCAUAGGAACUUGAGCCUUUGACCAAAAAUUACAAGGCGGGUGGGUGAUCUGCACCCUUUGACAACACUUCAUGAGUAUGACCUGUAGUAGUUCAUGCCAUCCAGGGGCAGUGAGGGUUUCUAUUCCUGGCAUGCCUGGGGAGGGGCCAGUAUCUGUGAUCACUUGGAGCCUACAGCUGAAUGGGAGCUAUGUAUCCUUGCUGCCUGUUGAGGGGGGUGGGCCUUAGAUAGCUGAACAAAAGCUAUCAAGAUAAAUUCUUUCUGAUAUUAUUAGUCUUUUUUUUUUUUUUUUUUUUGUAUACUGGGACUCCCUGGUAUGUGCUAGUCCAACAAAGCUCUCUAGGACGUUUGAAGUAAUAGAAGCAAACCACCCUCCCUUUCAAAAGAGGAUCGAAAAGCAAUCCUCAGACAGGGCACAUACUGCAGGCCUGUAACCUCAGCACUUGGGAGGCUGAGGCAGGAGGAUUAUAGAUUCAGGGCCAACCUGAGCAACUUAAUGAAACUCCUUUUGAGUUUUAAAGGGAUCUGGGGAGUGGGGUGGGAUGGUGAUUUAGUGGUAGACUACUUGCCUAGCAUGCACUAGGUCCUGGGUUUCAUCCCCAGUACCCAAAUCAGAAAGAAAAAACAAAAUAGUUAAUUGGCCAUAGUUUCCAACAGAGUUCAUAAUUCAGCCAAGGAAGUUCUCUGCAUUCCCAUGGGUACAAGUCUGCAGCAGCUGGAAAAAAAGUGGAAGGUUAAGACAGGUAUUUGGUGUUUGCUUUUUGAUUAGAGAAAUUAAGAAAAUUACCUCCUAUAAGGUUAAGUUUGUACCUGUUAAAGGACAGUUAUGGGGCUUAAGGCUAGGUAGGCUGGUUCCUUUUGAGAGUUAAUGACACUUUACUCACUGUUAGUGGGACUUAAGUGCAGAUAGUAUCUCUAGCUUCUAAAUUCUCAGCUAGAUUUUUAAGCCAGUGUUGGAAAAUAGUAGGAAUGGCCAGUAAAAAAUGAUGGAAAGGACUUAAUUUUGCCAGCUUAAAAGUUUUCUUUUUGUGUGUGUAUUCAAAAUUAAGACAAAAUGACUGGACAUGAGUAUAGUAUAGUGGGCCUGUUUCAUCUCUUUAGAGGGUUCCAUAGUACAUUUCUAGGCCACUCAGAGAGGGCCUGGGCAUCCCCUAUCAGGCUAUUUAGACCAUGGUUGGAUAAGAAGUACCAACCUCUGAGAAGAUAGAACUGGAGGGGGAAAAAGAUUUUGCUUGGAAAAAAGCUGGUGACUCUAACCUGCCUGAUCCUUUUUAAGUCCCAUCAUUGGUAAUAGCCAAUUUACAGAGCUGCUUUGGGCCAAACUCCUACACUGGUUGUCCAGAUCUUCAUGGCCUUACCUUUAACACUUGUAUCCUCACAAUGUUCUCGUUAACUGAAAUCACUGCAAACUUUGAGUGCUUCUCCAUUCCAUCUUGUUAGAUCUAGGAAGAUCAGCCCCAGUUGUUUCUUAAGAGAGAACCCAAUCCAAUCCAGUCAGUGCCUGGGCUCCAGUUUUCAGGGGUUUCCAUCCUAUUGGGUCUGUGAUACUCCAAAUCUGAUGAAGCAGGACAGGCAUGUCUAAACACUCCUCUCAGGUAGGUGGACAGACACACACUGACAUGGCUACUGGCUAACUGGGCUUUUCCAGAAGUAUCUCAAAUAAUGUUAAGAUAGUUCCAAGUUGAAAUUUGAAAUAAAACAGGCCAGGAGAUGUAGACAAAGACCAAAUUCCCUAAACAAGUUAAUUCACAAGGUGUUCAAUGUAGUGUGUCACCAUCCUUGCAGUUUGCAGUGUGUGUUGAGGGGGCUCAUUUACUAUCUCGUCUCUUCCUGAGGCUGCAGUUGGGGUUGUAUUGUCUGGGUUUCUGUACUGAAGUUCAAGUGGAGUCACUUAUGCCCUUAGGAUGGUUCUUUAGUUUGUCAGUGUCAGUAUUAGAUGUGGACAGUAUUCUGGGGUAGACACUACAUCAACCAGGGUGGCCAGUGUGGUCCCCAAGUAGAGCAGCAGCAUCUGUAAUACACACACUUGUUUCUUGAAGGGAAGCCCUGAUGUCAGGGGAAUUUGGAAGCCUGUUGCUGCUUUCCAGUGGCUGGUAAGCACUGGUAAGCAGUGGGGGCUGUUGGUGCUGCUGAAACUCUUCUCUAAGUCCAAGCCAUGAAAAGCACCAUCUGACUGCUGCUUUUCUCCAGGGGGAGGGGGAGGGGGAGGGUCCUGGGAACAUACCACACUGGCAGAACAGGUGCCCCACCUUUUCGUUUGCCUAACUUCCAGUCUGUAGAUUUUGUGGCUCUUUGCAAAAGUCUUAACUCUUAUGUUAGUUUCUAUAUAAGUCAAUUCCAAAAUGAGAUGGGGUUGGCCUAGGUGUUUUGUACAAGUUUCUGGACUUCCUCAUUGAGUGCCUCCCAUCAGUGUGUACUUUCUGUACACAACCUGUCCCUUCAGCCGCACUGUGCAUGUCCAGAUUUAUAGGCCUAGAUGACUGAAUGAAUGUACAUGUGUUCAUAUUAUCUUUGUACAGUGUAUAUAAUGUGUGUACAUAGGUGUACAUUAUGUAUACAGACAUGUAGCCACGUAUCCAAACUUCUAUGUUGUCAAGAGUUGAUGCUAGCGUUGCUAAUGUGAAUGGAUGUGGGUAUUGCAAGGGUCCCUUGACAGGGAUAUACUGGUGAAUUUCUUACCAACUUCAUUUUCCUAGGACAGGGAGCUGUCUAGAAAGGGCCAAGUGCCACUCACUCCUGCAUAAGGAAGCCUCAAGCCAGAAAGGUCCUGACAGGAGGGCAGUUCUCUAGGUUUAGAAGGGCCCAGAAGAUGGUGGAAGAGAUGUUAGCCUAAUAUCCAAAACUAAGUGGUAGCUAUAAGCCUACUUUCCACAAACCAGUUUACCCUAACUGGAGGGAAUUUAGUGGCUGAGACAAGCACUGCUGCAGUCUCUCUUGUUUACCCUGUGCUCUGUCAGUAAGACUUGGGUACUGUCUGGUGGUAAAAGUAACCAGCCUACCAAACAAUGUUAGCUAUUAACUGUGGCAUAUAAACCACAAAUAGUCAAUUGUCCCUUUAACUAGAAGCCAGUGCAGGGUUAUCCUAAGUUAACUACAUUCUAUAAAAGUUUUAAUUAACAGUAAGAAAGUGAAGGCUGACAUAUUUUCCUCAUCUACCAGGUCUAUUCUGAUGAAAUUUGUUCCCUAUGAUUGAGAUUUUAGGCUGAGAUGGAAUUUGGGAGCCAGGGCCCAGCUUGACAGAGCUGCUAGUGGCCAUGGUAAACAAGCACCUGUCUUGGAGGAAGCCAAGUACAUAAAUCUUGCCUGACCCACAGGUUGUUGCUCUUUGUGUUUUAAGAAUAAUUAUUAAGACUGUAGUCCUCAGUGCCUUUGGUGAGACGUGGGUCAUUUGGCUUCAGCUUCCCAUUUGUGUCCCUGGCCUCACCGUUCAUGGUUGUUCAAUCUUGCCUGUGUCAUUGCCUGUUGUGACAAUCACACUAUUCAAAGUGGCUUUCCAAGUAAAACACAGGGAAGCUUGGCAGUCUCUAAACGAAUCCUUUCACUUUCUUUGGGGGCUAUUGUCUUAGCAGCAACCUAAGAGUGAGUUUAAAAAUGGCUUAAGAAGGAGAAUAUCAGACAUUUCUAAUGCUCAGCAAUACGCACUUUCAGUUAAUUUUCAAGAAUUUUGGUAUUUAUACAUGGGAUGUAGGGAAAAUGUUCAGCAUUAUAUCAAGUUUUAGUGUUUGGGUAACAUUUGGUAUAGACUGCACAUUAAAAAUGGCCUUUCUUCGGGAAAUUAUCGUCAUCAGUUGUCAUCCCAACAGCCUGCUCAUUCACGGAUGCCAAUGUACACACAACUCAAGUGCUGGAAUAUUUUUCUAGUUUGUUUUCCCAAUUAACUUGUAAAUCAGUGUUCAACUAGUUUUAUAACUGAAGAGCUGCACAUUUUUCAUAGUAUCAACUAGUUUGUACCUGUAGUUUGGAUUUCUCUGUUAAGAUACAGCGCAUUAUCUGCCCCCUACCCUACCCCUCUUCCUUUUUAAAGGACAUCUAAAGGAAAGUCCAGUGUGGAAUUUUCUUGGGAUCGGUUGUAUAACUUCUGCCCUUUACACCAUGGAUGCCAUUACCUUUUGAAUUCAGGUUUAAAACCUGUGGAGAGCUGCCAUUUUGUACAGCUUUUCUCCCUGUGUAAAUGAGCUAUGUGAUGGCAUUUAAAACCUGCAUGUUCUUUUUAAAUUGAAUUUUCUAUCUAAUCAAUGUCUUCAGUCCUGAAGGAGAAUCUGCAUUGUUGUGUCUGUGUAGAGAGUUGCUGUGCAUGGUUAUGAGCGCCUUUUACUAAACGCUGUUCAAUGUGGCUAUGUUGUUGUGGCUUAAUACUACCUACUUGAGGUUUAUACUAUUAAAGUAAAUUAAAGACUA